UGCGCACAAUAAAGCAUGGCGUUUCUGUCCGUGAGCUGUCUUCGCGCGUUCUUUCUCUUUGCUCGGGGUUUCCUUUUGAAGGUCAUCUUUCAGUUACAGGUGCCGUUGCUUGUUUAUGACGUUCAAUUUGCAACAUAUUUUCCUUUUCUACUCAAAUUUCAUGGUCCUCUGUGUAUAACGCGCGGUAAUUUCAUCAAAGAUGCACUACAAAUCGUUCUGUACUUCUCAAAUUUAGGGUUUCAAUCCGCUUGCCAUGUUGUCGGUGUCCAUAAUCGAUUUACGAGCAGCGACUUUUGUUUUCUUUCUCAAUUUAUGGCGGCACUGACAGAUUUCUGUCGGGAUAGUGGCGACAUUUCCGCCAGGAAUGAUCUGAAUACAAGUCCAGAGAUGUUGAAGCCAUCUUCCGCUUCCUCAGACGAUGUCUCACCCAACUCGAGAGGAAAGAGUUCAGAUUCUGGUAUUAACAUGGAAGGGACGGCAGGUUGGAGGCUUUCAAAUAGCCCUUGGAACUUGCAAGUAAUUGCGCGAUCUCCCGGAUCACUUACGCGUUAUAUGCCAGAUGACAUUCCGAUCGUUACUUCUCCGAUGGUUUACAUUGGCAUGUUGAAGAUCAUGAGUUGCAUAGCAUGAAUUUUCUUUCCAUUUCAGGAGAUCGUGCAUUUGCUUUUGAGGAAGUUGUAAGAACUCAGGCUUCCGGUGGUUGUGUCGACCACCCAGGCAAGAAGACAAGAAAUCCAGAUUAGAUGAGAAGUUAAACGCUCUGUUCCAAUCAACAUCCCUGAAUAACACAAAACCAUCCACAAGUUUCACAUGAAUGACGACCUAAGGAAAUGGAAAAAAGAUCCUACCUCGAGAUUUCUUAAUGGAACUUCCUAUUACAUUCGAGAAUCUAGGAAUGUGUAAAGUGAAAAUCGGGAUUCCACUUCCCUCAAUGUAACGACCCAAGCCAACUGCUAGUAGAUAUUGUUCUCUUUAAGCUUACUCUCGAGGUUUUAAAAUGCAUCU